AUGACUAUGGAAGACACAUGGAAAUUUUCACAAUGCUUUGGUGAUAAAGGGGAUAUCGAGAAUAUCACCGAAGCUGAUAUCAUCUCUACUGUUGAAUUUAAUGACCAAGGCGAAUUCUUAGCCACCGGUGACAAAGGUGGAAGAGUUGUUCUCUUUGAGAGGAACCAAUCGAAAAAGAAGCAAAGCUGUGAGUAUAAGUUCUACACCGAGUUUCAAAGUCAUGACGCUGAAUUCGACUACUUAAAGUCUCUUGAAAUCGAGGAAAAAAUCAAUAAAAUCAAAUGGCUCAAGACUUCCAACAAUCUCUGUUUGUUGUCCACCAAUGACAAGACCAUCAAAUUGUGGAAAAUCCUGGAAAAGCAAGUUAAAUUGGUCAGCGAGAACAACUUGAAUGGCUCCUCCAACUUGCCACUGAGUGCAUCGAAUAUAUCAAAUUUGAAAUUACCCAAGAUGACUUUGCAUGAUAAAUUGAUUCUGGCGCAACCAAAGAAGAUUUACUCGAAUGCCCAUGCUUAUCAUAUAAAUUCCAUCUCAGUUAAUUCCGAUCAAGAGACAUACUUAUCGUCAGAUGACUUAAGAAUUAACUUGUGGAACCUAGGCAUAUCAGAUCAGUCAUUUAAUAUAGUGGAUAUUAAACCAACUAACAUGGAAGAAUUGACUGAAGUUAUUACAAGUGCAGAAUUUCAUCCAAGUCAUUGUAAUUUAUUUAUGUAUUCUUCAUCUAAAGGUACUAUAAAGUUGUCAGACAUGAGAUCAAACUCAUUAUGUGAUACUCAUUCAAAGAACUUCGAGGAGUACUUGGAUCCUGCUUCGCAUAACUUUUUCACGGAAAUUACGUCUUCUAUAUCUGACGUCAAGUUUAGUCACGAUGGUAGAUACAUUGUUUCAAGAGACUACAUGACCGUGAAGAUAUGGGAUUUAGCAAUGGAACUGAAACCUGUGAAAACGAUAAAUGUUCAUGAACAUUUAAGAGAUAGGUUAUGUGACACUUAUGAGAAUGAUGCUAUUUUCGAUAAGUUCGAAGUUCAAUUCAGCGGCGAUAAUAAAUCUAUUAUGACUGGUUCUUAUAAUAACAAUUUUAUGAUAUAUCCAAAUGCUGUUAAUGACACCCAAUCAAAACCAUCUAAACCAUUUAGUAGCACUAAAUUCAAUACCACAUCAUUUGGCAAAAAUAAAUCGAAUCAACAGAAGGACGAUGAUGAUUCCGAUGAAGACGACGAUGAUGUGGCCUCACCACCUAUGGAUAGCGAAACAUUCCCUCAAUCACCAGGCUCGCAAUUAGAUGAUGAUGACCAAGAGGAAAUUGUUUUGAAGGCAGACAAAUCUGCUUUUAAAUCGAAGAAGUUAGGUAAUACUGGAUCAAUGACCCGUAGAAUGAUGAGCGGAGUCGGUUCAGGUAGUAACGCCGGAGAUUUUGAUAAUAUUGAUUUCAAGAAGAGUAUUUUACACUUGUCAUGGCAUCCACGGGAAAAUUCUGUUGCAAUUGCUGCAACAAAUAACUUAUACAUUUUCUCUACUUUAUAA